AGUGAGGCCGGGCGGUGCGGACGCUGCGGCACGCACGCACUGCGGUCGAAGCCGCUUUGCGUUCAGCUGCGGCCGCUCCAGGUGCCUUUACCCGGGAGCGGGCCUGGCGUGUCUGCUGGCUCUCGAGCGCCCGGAAAAGCCUGAAGCUAGCCCCCGGCCGCUCGGCCAUUGUACGCACCCCCAACCCGCAAGAGGACAGCAGGAGGGGACUGAGUCUAACUGAGCUCCCCUGGGGAAGGGAAAGCGCGCUGGGCGGGGUGGAGAGGGAGGGAGGGAGGAUCGCGAAGUUCACGGCCAGUGGUGGAGUAUCCCGGCCGCGCACGUCUGAGGGUGGCGGAAUGCGCGAGGAGGACAAGGGCAUGCUCGGCGAUGGCAGCGGCGAUGCGGGCCUAGCCAACGCUGCGGCGCGGGGACAAGUGGAGACGGUGCGGCAGCUCCUGGAAGCCGGCGCGGAUGCCAACCGAGUCAACUGCUUCGGGAGGCGCCCGAUCCAGGUCAUGAUGAUGGGCAGCACCCCUGUGGCCGAGCUGCUGCUGCUCCAUGGCGCCGAGCCCAACUGCGCGGACCCCGUCACCCUCACCCGACCGGUGCACGACGCCGCGCGGGAAGGCUUCCUGGACAUGCUGAUGGUCCUGCAUCGCGCCGGGGCGCGACUGGACGUGCGCGAUGCCUGGGGUCGCCUGCCCGUGGACCUGGCUGAGGAGCGGGGUCACCGCGAUGUCGCCCGGUACCUGCGUGCGGCCACAGGGGACUGACGGCAGGCGCAUCCAGCCGCCCACGACGACUUUUCUCUCCCGUUCCCCACCCCACCUAGUUCAAUGACGGCUGCAAACGUGGAGCGGCGGAACGCCUGCAUGCCUUUCUGAGCGGCCGACUGCGCGGAGGGAGGAGGAGCAAGCCCGGAAUAAGUUAAUUUGUGCUUUUUGCUGGAUCUGGCCCUAGACGCUCACCGUGAAGCCAGACUCAGAAGGGUGGGGCCCAUGAGUGGAUUUCCAGAGAGAUUUUGGGUGGGAUGUGGAGUUCCCAGGUGUCGUUUACUUUUCGGAGUUUCCUGACGGAAAGUGGCACGCGAAGAAGUCCGCAAACACCCCCGGCGCCUGCGAAAUCUUCAUACCGAUGAUGCUGAGGAGUAGGAGGCGGGGUGACUGGCUUUCAGGUCCGGGGUGGUCAGUGCGUUUGCCCCACUGACUGUGGAAGACAGCACUCUGAAUCCUGUUGGCGCGCGUAAGGCCCUGGGGCUACAAGGGAAACUCGGAAGACCGACGCCCAAACAACGAUGAGGGUUGUGCGGGCUUCAGUGAGCAACCAACCCUUUACUCGCUGUGCGGUGCGCGGCAAGUCAAUCUGAAAGCUCUGGAAACUAGCGCCCAGCUCCAGGGAGUGGAAGAGAAAGAACAUGGGAGCGAUGGCAGAUGUACCUGCAAACUCUAAAAUCCCUGGGUCACCUUGGUACAGAGUCACUCUCCAAAGGGUGCUGGCUUUUGCUUGUAUUUGGUCCUGGAGCGCUUCCCCAGGGCAUUCCAGAUGCAGCAGGAGUCAAACAGUGUGCAUAAUGAAGCGGGAGGUGCUAAGAGCAAUUGUAGCGCUAACUGUAGUGGUUUGCUUCAUCUACAUACAAUAGGAUACGGAAAUCCCCCUGUAAAUUGCCACUUGAAAAGAUUUCGUAAUAUUUUGUACUUCUGAGUUGUUCUUCAGUAACAGUCUUAUUUAAUGGGGAGGCUUUAAAUAACAAAGUAGCCCUUGGUAAAGAGGUGAGAAAGAACUACAGCUCUUAAAGGAACUAAACGCACAGUGGCAAACUUAGUGUCAAACGCCUACCUUUACUUUCACUUUUAACCUAUUUAUUUCUUUUGUUAAAUUCUCUGACCGUUUCCUUUGCCCGGGUGUCUCAGGGGGGUCAAAAUAUUAAAUAUUCCAAAUGUCUUUUAGAAGAUCAAUGCACUUAUCCAGUAAAUUAUCUCGAGAUAUUUCUAAAAGAGUUGCUGAAAGAAAUUGAGUGUAAAACUGUUGAAAUAUAUCAUGAUGGCUUGUGGAAUGUCAUUACUGAACAAACUAAAGGUGUACUGCUUUGGGGGUUAAUUUUCUAUAUUGUUUGAUUCAUUAGGCAUUGAAAAUGGAGAUUUCACUGCUUUAAUGAAGACUAAACAAUAGAAAUUGAACUCCAAUAUGCAGGUUCAAAUUUUUGUUUAAAAUGUUCAUGGAUUUACCACUAACUCAAAAAGGUUCACUUCUCUCAUUCUCUAUAAUAACUGUUAAAUGAUGCCAACAACAGUUUAUAAGAACUGCUUAUAUAAGCCAUAGAAAGUUAAAUAUUAUGAUAGGUACAUACAUUGUGCUUUUUUAAGUGUCCAGUUUACCAUAUACAUAUUUGAAAGAGAGGAGAGGAAACAGACUAAAGAAAUAAUUUGAGAGUAGAGACUUAUUAAGACUUAUUUGUGUAUUUGAGCUAAAUAUACAAAUCUUUACUUCUCCACCAAUUCUUUAUCCCCAGAAUUAAUCUCAGAAAUCUGAGCGUAUCUAAUUGGAAAAAGAAACAUUUAUGGACACACAUAACUUGUGCCUAAAAAUAUAUUUGUCUAUUUAACACUUAAAACAAAUGUGAGAGAUAGGUAUUGUUUCCAGAUGAGGACAAUGAGGCAGAGAAGUAUCAAGCAACUUGCCAAAGGUCACAAGAUUCCAUGGUUGCACAAAGUCAGUUUGUCUGGCUCCAGAGCUCCAAAGGUAUGUUGUGGUUUUUGUUUUGUUUUUUUUCCUCUGCAUCAACCUAUCUUCCAAAAUUAUUAAUGAUACAUAUGAACUUCAACUAAUUUAUUUUUAAAGAACAGAAACAAAGAAGGAUCUCCCUUAUAAAUUCCUAGGGUGUUUUUUCUUUCUAUAACAUCUAGUACAAUAUCAUAAAUAUAAGCAUAUUGUUUCAAAUCUAUUUUAAACUAUCAACAAUAUGAAGAACAGUCCUCAAAGGAAACACCUAAAAAAAAAAAACUUUUGGAACAAAGAUAAUGAAACCCCCCAUUUUCAAAUUAAGACACAAGGACAGAAAAUACAAUUUCUGUUAUCACUUCAGCAUUGAAUUAUUAUUGGCUACAAGAUAGCAAUUUUUAGGUUUACAUUGUUUUAUAAUUACUAAGAAGCAUUCUGCAUAAAAGAAGUCAGCUGAUAAUUUCAAGUCUCCUAUUUAAUUUAUAAAAUCCCCUAUGAUUUUGUGCUCUACUUCUUAAGUUCCAAGAUGUUCAAAUAUGCUAUGUGUAUGAGGCUGAGUAAUAAAGAAUGAUAAUCCCUUGAAAGACAUGAAACGUGAUUUCAUUUUCAAUUUAAAGAAAUUGUAUCUUUCCUAAUGACGAGGAAAUUAAGGGAAAUAAAAUGUGGUUGUGGAUCCCAAAGUACCAUAUAUUUUUAUGAAUUUUUUUAAUAAAGCAAAAUCAAAACAUUAUUGGAAAUCAGUUACCACCUGGUGGCACUGAAACAGUAAUUUAUUAAUGCCAUGUAAAAGUUAAUACAGUUUUCAAAGCCAGCUGGCAGACAGGUUUGGCUGGUGUGUUUUAUCAACAGCACAAGGAGGUAUAUAAGGAUUUCAUUUUUAAGGACACAUGCAAAAUACAUAUAGCUACUGUAUAUAUGAGCCCUGCUUUUGGUUUCAUUGUGAAAUUGCAAAAACUCAAUACACACGUUAAUUUUUAUACCUAAGUCUGAAACAUUACCAAGGUUUGUAAAAAUCCUACUACCUGACCUUCAUUCCAAGAAGAUCUGAAAGUAAAAUAAAUUUGGAAAUUCAAUAUUCUAUUCACUUGGCCUCAUUCUUACUUUUCCUUUUUCAGCUGAGUGGACGGAUGAAAAAAAAACAAGUAUGAUUUACUUUAAAAGCAAAAUCUAUUUAAAAUGUCUUGUGCUCUAAUGGCUAAAAUUAGAAGUUUCAGAAAUAAGGAAUAAAACAUUCAAAAGUAAAACUCAAGAUUCAUAAAACUCCAAACAGCUUUGGGAAAGUGUAUACAUAGAAAUGAUACUAUGAUAUUUUAUUUCCAUAGUAAGGCAAACAUAAUAUGGUGUCCAGAAACAAAUAAUUCAUCUUAUGAAGCUAGGUAACUAACUUUUAGCAAACAAAUACAACUAAUCUCACUUACACUUACACUGAGAUUCUAUAUUGCCUUUCCUUUGUGGCAAAACAUCAAGAAACAAACUCUGUGAGUGAAUAUGUAACGGGGAUUUUUUCACCACCACCCCCUUUAUGAAAAAAUCCCUCAAUGUUUUUAAAAGCCACACUCAUUUCCGUUUUAUGCUUUACACAUGCUGAUUAUUUUUAUGAUAAAAUAUAAUUUUUACAGUGUUUAAGACAUUGCCACUCUACCAAAAGAAGAGCAAGUAGAAUUAGUACCUUCAAAAAUAAUAGAAAUCAUCUAAAGAAGUACUCUUGUGGGCUGCCUUCUGAGACAAAUGCAAAAGCCAGGGUUGUCUCAAGCACAGUGAGGUCAACUUUCACGUUUAUGUCAGCAGCUAAUCAUAACCAAAUUCUGAAAUGCUUACUUGGUUUUCAUUAUUAAAGAAACAACUUAUUUGGUGAAAACUUCAAGAAUAAUUCUUAGCUUGCUGUAUUUUACAGUAUUAAAUUUCUAAGUUACAAAUAUAGUUACAUAUAUAAGAAAAUUAGAAAAAAUUUAUACUUGAAAGAACAACCAUUGAAUCUCAAUAUUUUCAAUAUAUUGUCCUGCUCUAUUUAUAACCCAGGAAAGAAAGAGGAAAUGGAGCAAAGAGACAGUAGAACCUGACCGGAAGAUAGAAGACCUGGGUUCUCACAUUGGUUCUUCGCUAAUUCAGUGUAUGACCAGCUAUAUAACUCCAAUUAGCCUCAUUUUUCUCAUCUAUAAAAGAUGAGGGUUGAACUAGAUUAUUUCUAAAUUCCCUUCCAUUGUCAAAGUAUUAUACCUUUAUGAUUUUUGUUCUAUACAUGUCUGUGGGGAAGGUCUUAUAUUUUUAUUAGUAAUAUUUUUGCCAUGGUAUGAGUCAAGGAAAGCUAUAUAAAGAAAUGGAGAGGAGAGAUGUAUUUUAAAAAUCU